GUUAUAUACAUAUAAAAAGCGGGUAAAUUCAACCCCUUUGUUGGUAAAAAAAAAAAAAAAAAAAUUCUUUAUUUGUUCCCCUUUUUUUUUUAUAUAUUACUACCCUUCAACUUUCUUCCCAGUAUGCCAGAAAACAUAAAAAAGAGUUACCCAUUUUACUUUGGAGGUGCAGCUUCUUGUGUAGCAGCAUUGGUUGUGCAUCCCUUUGAUCUCACCAAGGUCCGUCUUCAGAACACAAAGGGUAAUGGUAAAGCGGGCAUGUUUUCUACCAUGCGUACCAUUGCUCGUAACGAAGGUCUCUUAAAACUCUAUAACGGUCUCUCAGCCUCCAUGUUGAGACAAGCAACUUAUUCUACCGUACGUUUUGGUGUCUAUGAAAAAUUAAGAGACUAUAUUACUCUACAAACCAACAAGAAGGCCAAUGUGGGUCAGUUACUCUUUUGUUCCAGUGUUGCUGGGGCCUUGGGAGGAGCCUGUGGUAACCCAGGCGAUGUGAUCAACGUACGUAUGCAAAACGAUGGACAAUUACCGCUGGAUCAACGACGAAACUACAAACAUGCCAUUGAUGGUAUUCUUCGUAUCAGUCGAGAGGAAGGUAUCGCUACCCUCUUUCGAGGCCUUGGACCUAAUAUCAAUCGAGCCAUCUUAAUGACUUCAUCACAAUGUGUGUCCUAUGACCUCUUUAAGAGUUUCCUCUUAAACAGGACAUCCAUGCAGGAUGGCAUUUCAUUGCAUUUAAUCUCGAGUGUGUUGGCUGGCUUAGUAGCUACCACCGUAUGUUCUCCUGUCGAUGUGAUCAAGACACGUAUCAUGUCUGCCAGUACCACAGAUCAUAGUAUGUCGGCUACACACAUCAUGAAGACCAUGUUAAAAUCAGAAGGUUUACCUUCCUUCUUUAAAGGUUGGACUCCUGCAUUUAUUCGUUUAGGUCCUCAAACCAUCAUUACCUUUGUCGUGCUGGAACAAUUCAAGACAUGGCAUGAUCUCUUUCACUCUCAACAACAACAACUCGCCGUAGCUAAUCUCUAGACUUUUACUUUAUAUAUAUAAGAAAACCCUUUGCAUUUGAACCCCCCCACCCCAUCUUUAUUUAUCAUUAAACAACGUGUUACACAAAAAAUAGUUUAUUCUUUUGUAGAUAUAUAUUUAUCGUUGCUUUUGACCCGCUGAUCGUCGACUGUAUUCUUCUGUUGGAUGUAAAGUCUUGAAAUCCUGCAAGAUGGUCAAAACUCUUUUAGCUAAAAGAUGAAUAUCACUGUUGUCUGUAAAAUCCGUCUCGUUCUUUUCAUCUGCGAUACGUGAAAUGGAAGCCAUGAUCUCAUUGGACUGAAGAAUCUUGAUCGCCAAUUCCACAUCUAACAAUUUUUUUUUUUUUUUUUAAUAGAAAAAAGGUAAGAAACAACAAGCCUCUCCCUUUUUCCCCUCCCCUCCCC